GGUAUGUGACUGUAUGUGUGUGUGUAGAUGCACAAUUUUACAUAAAACAUUACAUGACAACAUAGAAAAUAUAUAUUUUCUAUGUUGGUUAGUGACACAUCAUUCCAACAAGCAUCUCCUUCAGAAUUAUAAGUCACUUUGUGACUAUGUACAACUUUCGAAAAAUGCUUCCUAUGAAAAACAAACUCUCUAUUUUCAUCAUCAUCUUAAUGAUCCCCACCUAAGCCCUUAUUUUGGGAUAUAUAAGCCAAGUACAACUACGAAAAUAUCAAAUCAGUUUGGGACUUGCUGAAAACUGUAAACCAAGAGCUGCAGAAAAAACUUGGACAAGAUGAUUCACGAAUUUUAUAACAAUGAGUUGGAUCGACUUUUCACUCAAAUUGCACCACUGAUUGUUAUUGAGAGUAUCGAGAGGAUGAGCGUUCUGGAUUUUCAUAUGAUUUACACAUGCGAGAGGAUAAUUUAAAAAUGAUUGAAUAUAAUCUUUUAUCAAUACAUAGUUUAAUGUAUUCAUCAAGACUGAUGAAUAAUUAUUGUGGUUUCAAUAUUCAUACAAAAUGUAUAGGAAAUAAUAGAACUCCAAUCUCAACUAUUUUGCCAGACUACUGGAAUAAUGGUCACAGUUUUCCAAAAGAAGACGAUUCACCAGUGGCACUUGAUGAGAUGCAGUAUGAUGUGACUCUGAAUGGAUACUAUGAACUUUUUUAUUCAUUUCGGAGAAUGCCAAUUAUUAAUUUUUCUCUCAGACCAUCAGAAGGGGAAGAAGAAGCAUUGGAGCAAGAGAGAAACAUCGUCAGAGAACAACAAGAAAAACUGAAGAGAGCUGCUAUAGAAUUUGACAAUAUAUAUAAUGGAGAUUGCAAAUUGUUAAAAAAAGCAUGAUGAUGAUGUUGUAUUUAUAGAAGAAAUAAUUUCUGUCGAUGAUGAUAAAAAUAAUAAUAAUUGGCAUCAUGAUUGUACAAUACUCGAAUGAAUCAUGCAAAAUUGAAUAAAUAUUUGAUAUUACAUUUAUAA